CACCAACUCACAAGUUCCAAUUCCAACCACCCCUUUCCAGACCUCUUUCCACCCCAAAAGCCAUGGCAGACAAGAAAAACCAAGCAGCCGACCGAGCUGUAGCCAAUGGCCCAGCCGAGGACCAGCUGCCAGCAUACACACCCCACCCGACCGCGGAGUCGCCGUUCGACUUUCCAUGCACGUCCGCGUCAUCUCACCAGCCUCGCCUGCAACAACCCAUCGCCAUCCCGCAGACAGCACCCACCCCAACAGCCCCUUUCCUAGACGCCUACGCGCCACCUCUCCUUCAGUAUGGGAUCACCCCAGAGACGUGGCGCGCCUUCCUGCACACGCUCUCCGCCUUCCUCGCCGCAAAGGUGUCAGACCAAGCGCUAGCGCACGCCGCAGACAUAGGCCGACAGGUCGGCGACGUGCCGAAGCGCUUCGGCCAAGGCACGCUGGACCACGCGCGGGCCGUCAAGAACAACGUCCGGGAUGCCGCGCGCGACGGGAGGUUCGUGAGCGCCGCGCUCGGGGCUGUCGGCGGCGCCAUCACGCUGCCCGUCGGCACGGCAUUGCGCGCCGUCGGCGCCACCGUCAGUCUCCCCGGUGCGGCUGUCCGCGCCGUCGCUCAGAAGCCUCAGUCCCCGGGUGAGCGAGCUGCUGCCUAUGUUGCUGCUGCUAAUGUCAAGUGGCUGCGGGAACGCCGGCUGCGGGCGUGUCUGGCUGAUACGGCUUCUCUUGCUCGUCGGCUGGGUUGGGGUGAUGAUGCCGUGAGAUUACUGGAACGGGCGCAUGCGGUGGCGAACGGGGAGGGGAGUGCGGCUGCUCAGUUGGCGGCACUGGAGGACUGUCUUUGUCCCUUGGAAGUGUUUACGGGGAGUACCUUGCAUUUGGGGGUGGAUAUGCUCUGGUUGGUUGUUGAGCCGGAGAAGGAUGGGGGUGUGGGGUCGGCGAAGUCAUAGUAUGCGAUUGAGAUUAUUAUGUAUGCACGGCGCAUGGUGGAAUAGAGAGAGAAGGUGCAGAGAAAUGGUUU